AUGGCCAUUUUCCACUGCUCCAGUGACUUCUUCGUGAGUCCAGACAGCCUCCUCAUGAAUGGGGUUGUGGAGAUUGCAUGGUAUUGUCCUGGGGGGAAGAAAGAUGACAUAUUUGAUGAAUGUGUCGCCUUUCUGAACCUUCAUGGUGAUGCAGCAGAACAUUCAAAACAACUUGAGUUUCUUCAAGCAGUGAGUACAGUCAAUGUUCUUCUCCUUUCAGAGCAUCCUAUGAGUCCAAAAGCUAAAGAGAUCUCCCAGGUAUUAUCCAAGUCUCCUGUCCCCUUGAUUUGCUUGUUCUCAGGCAAGGAUGAAAUCCUGCAGUCAAAGAAUCCUACAAAGGUUAGACUAGCUGCAAAGAAUAGGAAUCAGGCUGAAUUCUCAGAGGAACUAGUGUCAAGUAUCAAACAGUGCAUCAGUGAACAUAACCAGACUGCAAGCAUGGAGCUGUUCUGUGAAGAGGCAAAAAAACAACAGUUCAAAGUGGAUGAAUAUAAACCGUCAAGUCAAGAGGGACAUGCAAAAGCCCAGACAUUAAUGGCUGUUCUGAAAGAUUUGAGUAUGAAAAAUCAUAUGAAGGAUGGUUUGCCUACCCUGAAGGAAACAAUUUUACCCCUGCAAUGUAAAUUAUGGCAUGAUUGGUGCACAAAAAACAAAGAGCAAUAUCGACUUAAAAUGAAAGAAAAAAAUUAUAGUAUUGAAAAGCAUCAGAGUGAAAUCUGGUCAAAAAUGACAUAUCUCCGGAAUGAGCAACAACAAAAAGCCUCUCCUCUCAAUGACUUCAUGAGAUCAUUCAUAGAAUGCUUAACAACACCUGCUCAGUUCGAAGACAUACAUAUAUACAUGUUGCAAUGGCUCAGAAUCCUGCUGGAAGGUGAGCUGGCAUCUCUUGAAGCGGACUAUCACUCAACUUGGACAAAAAUGAAAAAUGUUCCCAAAGGGAAAGAUAAAGCAUCCUAUGUAUCUCCACUGCAUAAAAAACUGGACGACAUAGCUACCAAAAUGGCAGCGACUACAGUUGGAAUUCAGCAUAUUAUGAGAGAAGUCAGUCAACUCUACGAGGCCAUUAACAUAUCCGAAAAAGGCAGCAUAAACAAUGCAAAUGAAAUGCUUCCAAAACUAGGGGUGACAAUGCUGAUUUCUAGGUAUCCACUUGAACUAAUGGAUGGAGAUGCUGCCCAUGUUCCUUCAGUGUGGAUUAACGCUGUCCUGGAUGAGCUCAUCAAAACCCUUGGAGACAAAAAGGUGUUUGUUCUGUCAAUUCUGGGAAUUCAAAGCUCUGGGAAAUCCACACUGCUGAACACUAUAUUUGGCCUUCAGUUUGCAGUGAGUGCUGGAAGAUGCACCCGUGGAGCCUUCAUGCAACUUAUAGAGGUGGACUCUAGCAUCAGAAAUGACCUUGGAUAUGACUUUGUAAUCAUUGUGGACACAGAAGGCCUCAGAUCUCCAGAGCUCAGUACAAAGAUAUCACUGAACCAUGACAAUGAGCUUGCUACCUUCAUUAUUGGAAUUGGUGACGUGACAGUUAUCAAUAUCAUGGGUGAGAACCCUUCUGAGAUGCAUGACAUUCUUCAGAUUUGUGUGCAGGCCUUCCUGAGAAUGAAACAGGUUAAAUUCAAUCCUAGUUGCAUUUUUGUGCACCAAAAUGUGGCAGAAUCAUCAGCCGGAGAUAAAAACAUUGAGGGGAGGAGACGUCUCCUGGAGAAACUGGAUGAAAUGGCUCAAAUGGCAGCAAAAGAGGAGAAUGUUGAUGGCAUCACUUGCUUUAGUGAUGUUAUACAAUUUAACAUUGAAUCUCAAGUCUUCUACUUCAAAAAUCUCCUGGAGGGAGACCCUCCUAUGGCUCCAAUUAAUCCCUCCUAUAGCCAGAAUGUCCAGGAGCUGAAGACCAAACUUCUAACCAUUACAGCAUGGCAGGAGAAAUAUACAUUUUCCUCCCUGACAGAAUUCAAAUAUAGAGUUUCGGACCUUUGGGCAGCACUCUUGAAGGAGAACUUUGUGUUUAGCUUCAAAAACACGGUUGAAAUGAUGGUGUACAGUUCUUUGGAGCAUAAGUUUGGAGUUUGGUCAUGGGAACUAAGGAAACAUUCCCUAAGCCAUCAGACUAAACUCGAAAAUCAAAUUGGCAGCAACCUGAUUCAGCAAGUGACCUUAGGGAAUCUGAAAGAGGAGUUUGACAAAGUGUACAACCAAUUGAAGACGGAAAUAGAAAAGUAUUUCACAGAAGACAAAAAUAAAGACAUCCUCAUAAAGUGGAAGGCACAUAUUGAUACACGCUUCAUAAGCUUAAAGUGUGAGUUAAUUGAGGGCAUUAUGCAAACAUGUAAGGAAUUGCUUACUGCCAAGCAAAACAGGUCAGAACUGGACCAGAAAAGAGCCAAAUACAUGGAUCAGCUGACAGAGCAGAGCAAAAGGCUGGCAUCUACCCUUAAAACACCGCAUGUGACGGAUGACAAAAUGAGAGAGGAAUUUGACAAACUCUGGGAAAAGGGCAAGAAAGAUUUUGAUAAAAACUUCAUCUAUGAAAUUUUGUCGGGUAUCAAGAAGACCAUUGAUGAUUUUGAGAACACACCAGGAAACCCCAAAUUAACCAAAGAAUUUAGGGUGGAUUUAAAGGUCGGGGAGCUCAUAGUCAUAAAGAGAGAUGACUUACGGAGCAUUGAAAGGGAAGACAUCAGAGACGGGCAGUUCCUUAAAGACACAAUGGCCACAUUUCUGGAAGAGAUGAUUAAGAAUAAAAAGGUGGACAUGAAAGCCAUGAGAGAGAAACCCACUUCGAUGUUGUUUCAGCAGCUCCAGGGAUAUUUGGUGGAGAGCAGCGAUCACACACAUAUUCACCCAAUGGAUGUACACAUGGCCAUUUUCCACUGCUCCAGUGACUUCUUGCGACAGUACAUUUACACCAAACUCUCUGCCUGUCAGUUUAGCCUACCCCUCUUGGUGCCCAACCCCUGCACAGAUGAAGUGGAGUUCCCUCUCUGGGCACUCCGACAGAUCAGGAAAUCAUGGCACAGCAAAACACAAACUGCAUCAGACACCAGUGGAAAGUAUCAUAACCAACAAAUGUUCAAUACUUUAGUGCCAAUUAUUUCCUUUAUUAGACUGGACACUUCUGAUUCCAACUCCAAAUCUCAGAUACUGAAUGAUGUCAUUAACAAACAAAAGCAUCCUGUGUUUUUCAACCGUCAUUGCAAAGGCAGCAGUCCAGACAGCCUCCUCAUGAAUGGGGUUGUGGAGAUUGCAUGGUAUUGUCCUGGGGGGAAGAAAGAUGACAUAUUUGAUGACUGUGUCGCCUUUCUGAACCUCCAUGGUGAUGCAGAGGAACAUCCAAAACAACUUGAGUUUCUUCAAGCAAUGAGUACGGUCAUUGUACUUCUACUUUCAGAGCAUGCUAUGAGUCAAAAAGCUAAAGAGAUCCCCAAGAAAUUAUCCAAGUCUCCGGUCCCCUUGAUUUGCUUGUUCUCAGGCAAGAAUAAAAUCCAGCAGUCAAAUAAUCCAAUGAAGGUAAGACUGGCUGCAAAGAACAGGAAUCAGGCUGAAUUCUUAGAGGAACUGGUUUCAAGUAUCAAACAGUUCAUCAGGGAAUAUAACCAGACUGCAAGCAUUGAGAAGUGCUGUGAAGAGGCAAGAAAGCAACAGUUCAAAGUGGAUGAGGAUAAACCGUCAUGUGAAAAAGCCCAGAAAAUAAUGGCUGGUCUGAAAGAUAUGAUUAUGAGAGAUAAUAUGAGGUCUAAUUUACCCACCCUGAAGGAAACAAUUUUACCCCUGCAAGGUACAUUGUGGCAUGAUUGGUGCACAAACACUCAGGUCUUCUAUUUCAAAAAUCUUCUAGAAGGAGACCCUCCCAUGGCUCCAAUUAAUCCCUCCUAUAGCCAAAAUGUCCAGGAGCUGAAGACCAAACUUCUAACCAUUACAGCGUGGCAGGAGAAAUGUAGAUUUGCCUCCCUGUCAGAAUUCAAAUGUAGAGUUUCUGACCUCUGGACUGCACUACUGCAGGAGAACUUUGUGUUCAGCUUCAAAAACACAGUUGAAAUGAUGGUGUAUAGUUCUCUGGAGCAAAAGUUUGCAGUUUGGUCAUGGGAACUGAGGAAACAUUCCUUGAGCAGUCAGACUAAACUUGAAAAUCAAAUUAGCAGUGACGUAAUUCAGGAGGUGACCUUAGCAAAUCUGAUAGAGGAGUUUGACAAAGUCUACAACCCACUUAAGACUGAAAUAGAAACUUAUUUCACAGAAGACAAAUAUAAAGACACCCUCAUAAAGUGGAAGGCAAAUAUAAACACACGCAUCACAAGCCUAAAGAGUGAGCUAAUUGAGGGUAUUAUAAAAAAAUGUAAAGAAUUGCUUACUGCCAAGCAAAACAGGUCCGAACUGGACCAGAAGAGAGCCAAAUACACAUAUCAGCUGACAGAGCAGAGCAAAAGGCUGGCAUCUAAACUUAAAACACAGCACUUGACGGAUGACAAAAUGAGAGAGGAAUUUGACAAACUCUGGGUGAACUGGACAACUGAUGUGAUGAAAUACCAGCUUACUGAGAAAUCAAGCAUUGUAGACGCUGAAGUUGAAGACGUCCUGCUUAACGAGUUCAAAAAUCACCCAAACAUCGCAGAGAAAGUAAAACUUGAAACAUUUCAGUUCGAUCCAAAGAAACACAUUCAGCAAAGCUUCUUGAAAAAGAUAUUUGGCAGAGAGAGUAACUGUGUAUGGGUCAACGCUGCUGGACUAGAGAGUAACUGCGUAUGGGUCAACGCUGCUGGACUAGAGAGUAACUGUGUAUGGGUCAACGCUGCUGGACUAGAGAGUAACUGUGUAUGGGUCAACGCUGCUGGAGAGUAG